AUGUCUGAGAGCGCUUCAAAACCUGCGGUGGCCAGGAAAAGUGCAUUCUCUUGCGAGGCUUGCCGCAAACGCAAGGUCAAAUGCAACGGAACAACCCCAUGCGCCCGCUGUGCCGCGCGUGGUGAUAACUGUAUAUAUAGUCUAACACCAACCUUGUCCUACACAAAAGCCCUCGAGUCUCGCAUCGCUGAGCUCGAGGAGGCUUUAACGAGAGUUCAGAGCGGGAGAAACGGUGGAGAUGUGGAUCUGAAGCCCCUUAAACAGCAGCAGCAACGACAGCAUGAUGUCGAAGACUCGGGGAUGAAUGCAUCGAGAACCGCAGUGUCCAGCGACUCGCAUAGUGCUGAAGAUGACCGUACGGCAUCGGAUCUUACCAGAGACAUUGAAGGUUUGAAAGUGGGAGAUGAUGGGCGCAUCUCGCUUUACGGUCCUACCAGCCUAUUUCAGUUACCGAGCGGCCUUGCCCAUGAGAGUCUGGGUCCAUUGCCGGAAUCCCAAGAACUCGAUGGCCGCAAGGAACGGCUUAUUAACAACGCGUGGAGGGAGAGGGCGUUUGAGCAGCUCGCGACCAUACCGGAUCCAUUUCAAUACCUGCUCGAUUCACACUGGUGCUGGAUACAUCCUCUAUUCAACUUUGUUUAUCGACCGGCUUUCACUCGUGACAUGAAACUGAAUGGCCCUUACUAUUCCGAGAUCCUGCUAAAUGCAAUUCUAUCCCAUUCUGCGAGAUGGUGUAAGGAUGAGCCGAAAAUCGCCCAUCAAAUCAAGUCCUAUGGCGGGGAAAGUGCAUUUUCCCAUCGUGCCUGUUCUAGUCUAUUCGAUAGCCUAAAGGCUGGUAAUGGCCACAUUACCAUCGUGCAGUCGCUGCUCAUAUUGAGCGCCCAAGAAUGUGGUCGUGGAAACAGGACGCAGGCGUGGCUGUUCAGCGGGAUGGCAUUCAGAUUGGUGGAGGACCUAGGCAUCACCAUCGACAGCAGAAAGUAUUCCGGCUCAGUCGAGUUUUCGGACGAGGAUAUUGAAAUUCGCAACCGUCUGUUUUGGACAUGUUACUUUUGGGAUAAGUUGGUGUCUCUUUACUUCGGCAGAUCUCCUAUAAUACAGGAUACGCCUGUCAGUCCGCCGCAGAUAUUAUUGGAUGACACGGCCGAAUUAGAGAUAUGGACACCGCAUGGUGUUGUUUUCCCGGAAGGCACACAUUAUCCCCCUGCACAAGCCCAUGCCACUUCGUGCUUUAUGAAGGUGUGCUCGUUAGCGGAAAUCCUCAACCAAAUAAUAAUUCACAUCUACGACCCAAUCCGUAAAAGCACAGAAGCCGAGUUUCUAAGAUGCGUCCAACAGCAGAGCAGCAAUCUUGAAAAAUGGUGGGGUGAGCUUCCGGUGUUUUUGAAACUCAUCGUCGACGAUCUGCCACCAUACUCCCCCCCAAGUCACAUCGUCACAUUAAAUUGCCUAUAUCACACCACGAACAUCCUGCUACACAGACCAACGCUCUGUUCGAGGCCUUUCAGGGUAUCAUCACAGGUAACCGACAACGCGAAACCACUGGUCCAAUGCAUAUCGUCUGCAACUUCAAUAAUAACGCUUUUCGACCUUUAUCGGCGUACUUUCGGAGAUGGACAUGUUGUCUUGUCCAUAGCUUACAGUAUCUACACUGCCGCUUCAAUAUUCCUGCUUGAAUUGCAGGCGUUGAGAUACGCAUGUCCCUCAACGUUGGCUAAAUUAAGAUUCUGCAUGGUUACCCUAGAUCGCGUUACGUCCGCUAAUCCCGUGAUCAAAACCGCGCUCAGCUUAAUCGAUCAGGAACUUAAGAAGCUAGGCAUCGACGUCCUCAAUGCGUCAAACCACAGCCACCAACCUGUCUCUUUCGCUGAAGAACCCAGUCCCUCCCAGGGUUAUCAAAUACAAACUCCUCAUUCUUCCUACACCGUCCCACCACAUGGUGCUUUCAGUAUAACUCCCCCGCCCCUGGCAGACCACCACGGCACAAACCACGACCAAAACCAAACAGACAUCGCCCCAGACCCAUUGCUGGCUAUUCCAUCUACCUUGAAGCAGGAAAGCGUACACGCCAUUGCACCUGAGCUAUUUGAGGCGUUCUCGUAUAUAGAGCCUUUGUCACCAAAUAUGAUUGGGGUGUUCGAGACAGAUUGGAAUAAUGGCGAAUGA